CGAGCCAAGUCAGCCGGUACCUAGCCUCUCCUUCUCCGGCGGAGUCGCGAUUCAUGGUCGGGCGCCUAGUAGCGUAUAAGCUGUUAUCGUAACCGGCUUGACAUGUCUGAUGCCAAGUGGGAGGCAGCGGCCACGUUGGCGACGUUGCGCGAAGGCGAGGCCAAGAAAGCAAAAAAAACGGGCCAGGGGCCUUGGCGUUUCUUGUAUCCGAGCUUCGAACGCGUCAACGGCGUUGGAAGGGGAUCCGGCUGGAGGGAACGGUGCCAUAGACAGCUGGUUUGGGACGAAUGGCUGUGCGCUAUUCUCACGUGCUAUUGCCAUCCCAUCCCGGGGACAAGAUGCGGUGCUUGCGUGGUGGACCCUGAAAUACACGGAAACGCGCAGAGUGGGAACGUUUAUUGUCGCAUGCUAUUCCCAGCAUUGCAGACAGCACGGGCAGCGUGUCACAGGCCAGGUGUUCUCCGACGUGAAGGUGACUUGAACGGGUUAGCGAUGGCUUCAUUAGGCGGCAUCUUGCAACGAGGUCGCGGACGACAUUCCUAUACCGGUAAACUAGUGGAACACACAACUCCCAAAAUACGUGCCCAUAGCCGUCGUAAGCCCUGGGCUUCUAGAAGCGCUGUUCGGGCUAGACUGGAGCUGGCAUGGGAAUUGAGACAGCGGCUAGGGCAAGCGGAGGCCCGAGGACUGAGGGUUGGUGGCCUGGUGCGAUAUGGGCGAUUGGCCAUGGACAUGCAACACCUCUCGCCGCCAAUUGCAAGGGUCAAAAGCGAUGGAUGGGUUAACGGUUCGCUUUCGGUGGCACGUGAACAUCAUCGCAACCGGUCUCGCGGCUCACCGCCGUUUAGGGGCAGCGAAACAAGACAGUUCCAACGACUCGGGCGGCGAGGAUGUGGACAUAUUCGCUGCACGUUUCCCAGGUCUCGUGCGGCUGGUGGAUAUCUUGCUGCGAGAAUGACUUCCAGGGUAGCACUUGGCGGCCAUUAUGCCGGCGUGGAAGGGGGAGGGGGAGGUUGGAUGGCUGGCUGGAAAGGUAUCCCAAAACACCGGGGAGAUGGGCUUGCAGAUGUUUUUGCCUCGUUGCGGUAAGGAUCAGGCUACGCGGUGGUGCAUGGUAAGCCGAGCAGGUGGUGGUAGGUGGUGAUGGGAGUGGGGUGACGCGACGGUGCAGACAGACGCAUGUCGAAAAGUGCCCGGUGGGCGAGGAUGAUGGACCCGUCGUCCCCGCAGAGAC